AGACCCUUCUAUGAUUCGCUCCCCCCUCGCAGAGUGUUCGAGGCUUCGAACAACUGAGAGAGUCAACGGGUUUCGUAGCCCAAAGCAGAAAGUUUCCGGCCUCUCGGAGUGCAGGAGAUACACCGCGAAUUGCUUCGCGAGAGCUUCCGCGUCGAAAGGUGCCAGGAAAAGUUUACUUUUCUCAGUACUGAAGAUUGGUCAAUCUAUUGCCGUUGAUACUCAUGGAACGGGAUCACACCGCUUUGAAAAAGAUGAGACUGGACGAUGCGGCAGAUUCUCCAAUGACUGAAGUGCUUGCCACUGCAUCAAGCAUGAAUCAGCAAUUGUUCUGGAGCCAGUGGCAGCUACUGGACUCCAUUCUUCCCACAGGGGGUUUCGCACACUCCUGCGGCCUCGAAGCUGCUAUGCAGUCGCGCAUAGUGAACAACCCAGAAGACCUGAGGUUAUUUCUCCUCCAGGCCCUGGAGAACAUUGGCAGCCUAUUGCUCCCAUUUGUGUACUGUGCAAGUAAGUCUCCUGAUGCCACGACAUGGGUCAAGCUAGAUCAGCUGCUGGAAGCUACGCUGACGAACGAAGUCGGCAGGAAGGCGUCGACAUCGCAAGGAUCGGCUCUGUUGAGGGUGGCCGCCUCUGUCUUCACCGAGAUUCACUCACUUCAGGAUCUCCGGAAGAAUUUCCUCGGUUCCACAAGCGUGUCGUUUCACCAUGCGCCGUUAUUCGGUUUGAUAUGCGGGUUGGUUGGAUUUGACUGCGAGACAACACAGCGUGCCUACAUGUUUGUGACAAUGCGGGAUGUGAUCUCCGCCGCGACAAGGCUCAAUUUGAUCGGCCCGCUUGCUGCUUCUGUGCUGCAGCACCAGGUUGCGCCAGAUGCGGAGAAGAUGGUGCAGAAAUGGAGGGACCGUGAUGUCUCAGAAGCAUCACAGACCGCGCCACUGCUUGACGCACUGCAGGGCUGCCAUGCUUACAUGUUCUCUAGGUUGUUUUGCUCCUGAAAUUGAGGUUGCUGAAUGCAAUUUGGUGUAGUUCUGCCCACAGUUUUACUCCGGAGAAGUACAUGGCCACUGCCUUUUGCUAAAGGAAAAAUGGCACCAAGAGAUUACAAGCAUUCCGAGGACAGAUCCCCAGUAUGAUUCUUCUUUAUUUUACUUGCAAGCAAGAUUGUACAACAAUGGCAACAAUACAUUAUGUUCUUCUGUGUGAGCCCCGGGACCCUGUCUACCAUCUACGGAGUAUUACACUCAUCAUA